GUCGGCCACUGGAGAACUCAGAAGAACACAGCUGUGCGCGCCCAGAGGCUCGGGGGGCGGGAGAGGAUAAGUCGGAAGGAGGAGGCGGGACCUACACCUCAGGAAAGCCGGAGGAUUGGGGCACGAAGCGGGGCUUUGAUGACCCGCAAAGGGCGAGGCAUGCAGGAGGUGGAGGAAUUAAGUGAAACGAGGAAGGUCGUUAAUCAGGACCCUGUGGGCUAGGCCUUAAGGGGCAUGGUCCUUGUCUGGGCGGGGUCUUUGGGCGCCGACUAGGCCUGGUUCUGGGUGGGCGGGGCUGCUGUGGGCGGCUCCUGCUGUGGAAAUGCCGGCCCGCGCGCUUCUGCCCAGGCGCAUGGGGCAUCGUACUCUAGCCUCCGCUCCUGCCCUGUGGGCCUCUAUCCCGUGCCCUCGCUCUGAGCUGCGCCUGGACCUGGUUCUGCCUUCUGGACAGUCCUUCCGGUGGAGGGAGCAAAGUCCUGCACACUGGAGUGGUGUACUAGCGGAUCAAGUAUGGACACUGACUCAGACUGAGGAGCAGCUCCACUGCACUGUGUACCGAGGAGACAAGAGCCAGCCUGGCAGGCCCACACCAGACGAGCUGGAGGCCGUGCGCAAGUACUUCCAGCUAGAUGUCACCCUGGCUCAACUGUAUCACCACUGGGGUUCUGUGGACUCCCACUUCCAAGAGGUGGCUCAGAAAUUCCAAGGUGUGCGACUGCUGCGACAAGACCCCAUCGAAUGCCUUUUCUCUUUUAUCUGUUCCUCCAACAACAACAUCGCCCGCAUCACUGGCAUGGUGGAGCGGCUGUGCCAGGCUUUUGGACCUCGGCUCAUCCAGCUUGAUGAUGUCACCUACCAUGGCUUCCCCAGCCUGCAGGCCCUGGCUGGGCCAGAGGUGGAGGCUCAUCUCAGGAAGCUGGGCCUGGGCUACCGUGCCCGCUACGUGAGUGCCAGUGCCCGAGCCAUCCUGGAAGAACAGGGCGGGCUACCCUGGCUGCAGCAGCUACGAGAGGCCUCCUAUGAGGAGGCCCACAAGGCCCUCUGUGCCCUGCCGGGAGUGGGCACCAAGGUGGCUGACUGCAUCUGCCUGAUGGCCCUAGACAAGCCCCAGGCUGUGCCCGUGGAUGUCCAUAUAUGGCAGAUUGCCCAACGUGACUACAGCUGGCACCCUACCACGUCCCAGGCGAAGGGACCAAGCCCCCAGAGCAACAAGGAACUGGGAAACUUUUUCCGGAGCCUGUGGGGACCUCAUGCUGGCUGGGCCCAAGCGGUGCUGUUCAGUGCUGACCUGCACCAAUCCCACCGUGCUCAGGAGCCACCAGCAAAGCGCAGAAAGGGUUCCAAAGGGCUGGAAGUCUAGAUGGGGCACCCUGGACAAAGGAAUUCCCCCAAGCCCCUUCCCCUCCAUUCCCCACUUCUCUCUCCCCAUCCCCACCCAGUCUCAUGUUGGGGAGGGGCCUCCCUGUGACCACCUCAAGGGCCAGGCACCCCCAAAUCAAGCAGUCAAUUUGCACAACAAGGUGGGCUGGGGGCUAUUGGGGGAGACAGCGCUAAGGAUGGUUUUAUCUUCUUCCCUUUAUUACAAGAAGGAACAAUAAAAUAGAAAUAUUUGUAUGGAAAAUGCAGUGAGGAGUGGUAGGGAAGCAGGUGAGGAGGGGACAGGGCAGAGAAACUCCCAGUUCAGGGAGGGAAGGGGAGCAGGCUGCCCCCAAGCCCUCCCACGCAGGGGAUCCUGACCCGAGGUCCAGGGCCCUAGAGCUGGUGGGGCAGUGUGGGGGACAGUUCUGGGCCCGGCUCCACGCAGCAGUCUCGACAGCAACAGCCAGUUGCCGGCCCCCCAGCCACUGGUGUCAGCAGCUCCCCGUGGCUCGCCGUCUGCCCCUGCCCCUCCUGGCUGGUGCCUAGCUGCAGUUUCCUCAUGUGCCGCACCACAGCCGUGGCAUUGAAGGCUUGCUUCCACUUGCUCUUGGCAAAGUUCUUCUUGAUCUGCUCACUCACCGACUGGUGGAUAUUCUUAUCUAGAGCCGUAUCUCCUGCAAUCCAUGGGUGCUGCAAGGCCUGCUCACAGGUGAAUCUUUUCUCUGGGUCCUUCUCCAUCAAGUGCCGGAUGAAAUCUUUGGCGGAGUCAGAGAUGUCGUCCCAGUAAGGAGAGUCAAACUCGUACUCGGCCUUCAAAAUCUGUUCAAAGAGUUUGGCAUCAUUCUCAUCAUAGAAGGGGGGAUAACCGCAGAGCAGGAUGUAGGCGAUGACACCUAUGGACCAGCAAUCCACAGCCUUGCUGUAGGGCUUUUGGGCCAGGACCUCAGGGGCCACGUAUCCCGGAGUUCCGCAGGCGGUGGAGAGCACACUGCCCGGGUCCUCCAUCUUGGAGAGGCCAAAGUCGGAGAUCAUUAUUUUGGAGUCUUCAUCCAGGCUGUAGUAUAGCAGAUUCUCUGGCUUGAGAUCCCGGUGUACAAUGCCCAGGUCAUGUAGGUAUUUCACAGCAUCCAGCACCUGGAAGAUGAGGCGGCUGGCGUCCCGCUCCGUGUAGAAGCCUUUUUCCACAAUACGGUCAAAGAGCUCCCCACCCGACACCAGCUGCAUGAUGAGGUAGAGAUGGCCCCCACUCUCAUAGAUGUCAUCCAGGGCUACAAUGUUGGGGUGCUUGAUCUUGUGCAGGACAGCAAUCUCAUUCUCCAUGCUGCCUUCCUUGCCCUCCAGGGCCUUCUUGGCAAUGCAUUUGAUGGCCACCAGCUUCUGCGUCCUUUUAUCUUCUGCCAGGAUCACCUCCGAGAAGGCCCCCGUGCCCAGAACAUCUCGGAAGUCGUAAAUGUCCCUAAUGUCCUCUGCCUGCUUCCACCUGGGGCCUUCCACUGCCCCCGGCAUGGCCCACUGCCCCCCGGCCACAGCCAGGGCUCCUGCGGCUGCCCCGCCGCGGGGCUGGCUGGGAGGCCCGCGGUGGUUGGCGCCGAGCUCUGGCUGCGGUCCUCACCGCUGCGCGCCUGGGCCACCCGCCCGCUCUCUCGCUGGGGCUGG